GUUUUAAGAGUUUAAAGUGUUUAAGUCAAUGCAGACAGUACGGACUGUUUCGUGUGUUUUUAAAGUGAUGUAAAAUGGCUCAGUGAUUGUCGAAUGUAACAUUGUAAUAGCUAACUAACAGUAAUGAACGUUAUUUUGUUCGAGUACAGCGCUUUGUUCUCGAGUAACAGAAAAGAAGCGCCUCAUUUCGCUCCAAUCUCGUGAUUUCGUUCAUCAUGAACAAGAAUCACUGGCGAGUAGUGAUGAGAAACAUGUGCUUUCUGAAACGAGUCAGUUGAGCCGAUAGCUGCGCAAAAUGAUUCACUCUGACGACACUUCCGGUUCAAAAUGAGACGAGAACAACAAACACACUUAAUAAUGACUCCUUUAACAAACCAGCUCCCGAUGCUUUCAUGAAAGUGUCAUCUAUUAAAUGUAAUCUACAGAUGUCUGAAUAAGAAUCGUCACUAGUGUUGUUUAUCUGUAUUAAUCUAGUCCGGUGAUGUAAGAGCGGUUCUCUAUCACUCUCUGACUCUCUGAUCAGUGCACUGGUUACUGAAACAGAUGUAGUUUGGGUUUAUUUUCUCUCAUCUUAAACUUUACAGCGUGUCCAAACACACAGAGAAACUCCUGCUGAAGCACGUGACACACUUUUAUAAAGAUGACGUUAAUCAAAGUGGAGAGUGAAGAGCUGAAGAUUGAAGAAGUAUUCAGAGUCAAACAAGAAGAAACUGAGGAACAAACAGGUCUGAUGACAGUGAAAGAGGAGAGUGAAGCUCUGAACGAAACGGAUGAGAAAUACAAGCUUGAGAAACAUUACGAGUUCAUAACUGAAGAAAACCCAUUUACUUGCUCACAGGCUGAAAAGAAUCAUUUUACCUGUCAUCAGUGUGAGAAAAGUUUUAACCUAAAAGGAAGCCUUAACAGGCACAUGAGAGUUCACACUGGAGAGAAGCCUUACACAUGCCCACAGUGUGGAAACAGUUUCACUCAGAAAGUAAUCCUUAUCAGACACAUGAGAGUUCACACUGGAGAGAAGCCUUACACCUGCCAACAGUGUGGAAAUAGUUUCAAUCUAUAUGGAAACCUUAAAAUCCACAUGAGAGUUCACACUGGAGAAAACCCUUUCACCUGCCAAUGGUGUGGAAAGAGUUUCACUCAAAAAGUAAGCCUUAACAGGCACAUGAUAACUCACACCGGAGAGAAGCCUUUCACCUGCCAACAGUGUGGAAAUGGUUUUAAUCAAAAAGCACACCUUAUCACACACAUGAGAACUCACACCGGGGAGAAGCCUUUCACCUGCCAGCAGUGUGGAAAUGGUUUUAAUCAAAAAAUACACCUUAUCUCACACAUGAGAACUCACAACAGAGAGACAGAGUUGCAAUCAGCUUUAAAGUCUUGAAGUCCAUACGAGAAAUCAAAGGCUGCAUUUACACUUGUCAUUAACAUGCGACCUGUAUCCGGAAGUUGUCCACAUGCACAUUGAAAAGACAAGUGUAAAUGAGCUUCUGAUCGUAAUGUCAUCCAAUAAUCACGUCCUGGUCCAGAGGUAGUCGAGGACGCAUUGUGAUCAGAUCUCAAUGUAAUGUAAACUCAAUCCAGCCAUGAAGUCUGCAUUCGCAGGUCAACGUGAUGCAAAUCCCCGCCCCCUCUCCCGAACUGUCAGAAGAAAGAUGGAGGAUACCAGGCCGUGGAGCGCUAGUGAGACUCCUACACUUAACUCCGUGUCUACACUGAACGUGACGGUUGUUGUGCUGCGCUGCAACAGCAUGAGGCUCUCCACACUGAACUGUUGCAAAUCAUUUGUUCUUUGUGUCAGUACCUCAUAAACAGAAUGAAACAGCAGUUUACUGUCUGGGAUUUGUCGUGUCGCGCCACAUCCAGUGUAGACCGCAUCACUGAUGAUAUUAUUUUGUGACGUGUAAGACUCAUUUAAAUAUUGCACGGGAAAGAGGGAUCUGAUCGGUUAUCCAGAUAGAGAAGUCACUUGAUGUUGCCAAGUGUAAACACGCCAUGUCCUGAUUGACUGAUGAUCCGAUCUGCUUGAUCAGAUCACGAUGAUCGCAUGUUAAUGUCAAGUGUAAACGUAGCCAAACUGGACAAAUGCCUUUUGUCUAAGAGAACUGUAGAAACCGUUUCACUCUAAAAGGAAGCAAUAACAGGCACAUGAGAAUUCACAUUGUAGAGAAAGAGUUUUGAUCAACUUGUUAUUGUUACCAAACGUUAUUUUUCAUUUACAAUUACUUCUGUUCAUUUGGUUCUUUUAUCCAAAGCAAAUUACAGUUGAGGAAAACAACAAGCGAUUCAUCAUAAGAUGGCAAUAAACAUGAGAAGUGCCUGUUAUACAAGUUUUCAGCCAUCGUUCAAAACCAUAAAUCUAGGACAGAAAUAUAUUAAAGGGUUACUCCAAGGCAAAAGGAAAAUUUUGUCAUUAAUCACUUAGCCCCAUGUCGUUCCAAACCCGUAAAAGCUUUGUUCAUCUUCAGAACACAAUUUAAGAUAUUUUG